AUGGCGCCACAAAACUCUACGCUAAUUCACGGAAACGCCGAAGCAACCUCAGUCGUCUCCGCCGAAGUCGAGGAACUAAGCAGCUACAGCCCUAUCCUACCUUCGGCAAGGGCGAGCCACCGGAGGCGUGCGUCACCUGCCGGUUCCAGUUCCAGUUCGGUUGAUGGGCCACCACCGCCACCGCCUCCGCCGCCCAACGUUACGAAAUCGAUCGCCUCCUUCGGACCAUAUGGCGGCUUUAGGUCGGAAGUCCUGGCUUCCACUUCCCGAGGAGGAAAAACCGGAAUCCACCGCGAGGGCACCGAAAAGGGUGCGGUGAAACGUGACUCGAGGAACCCGGUGACCUACUAUCGUGAUUCGGCCAACGAUACCGAUGAAGACGAGAUGCCCAUGGCUGAACUGGGGAGUAUCCACGCAGACGACGAAGGAACUUCCGAAGAUGAAAUCGAGAUACCGAUCUGGAUCCGGGGUGAACCACGAUUUGUAGCAGGAAUCAACGAUACUACGACGUGUAACAACAUCAUCCAGGCGUUGAUCGACGAUGAGCUGCAGAACGGGAAUUACAAGCAUGAUGUUAAUGUAUCGUUGUAA